AGAAAGAAGCAUUCAGUUCCUGAACAUACUAUUGUAAUCUUGCACGAAGAAGAGAUGGUGGGACAGGUUUUAUUUUUGAUUACCAUUUUUAUGGGUUUCGCUUUCUGCUCCGGGAGAUGCAGCGAUGUUUACACCAGGAGCGAUUUCCCUAAGGGAUUCCUCUUCGGAUCCGCUUUUUCUGCUUUUCAGUGGGAAGGAGCUGUUGAUGAAGAUGGAAGGAAGCCUAGCAUCUGGGAUUCAUUCGUUAACUCUGAUGCUGGACCUCCCUUUGUUAUAGACUGUGAUGGGUAUCAUAAAUAUAAGGAGGACGUAAGGCUGAUGUAUGACAUGGGUUUGGAUGCAUUCCGGCUCUCCAUCUCGUGGCCUCGGCUUAUACCAAGUGGAAGAGGUCCUGUGAAUCCAAAGGGUUUACGCUUCUACAAAAACCUCUUAAAUGAGCUCACAAGGCAUGGAAUUGAACCACAUGUUACGUUGUAUCACAAUGAUCUCCCUCAGGUUCUUGAAGAUGAAUACGGAGGAUGGAUUGACCGCAAAAUCAUAGAUGACUUCACAGCUUUUGCAGACGUUUGCUUCAGAGAGUUUGGGAACUCAGUGAAACUAUGGUCGACAGUUAAUGAGCCCAAUAUGCUAGCAAUGGGAGGUUAUGACUUGGGAGCUUCAGCUCCUAAGCCAUAUAUUGCACUCCAUAACAUGUUACUUGCACACGCAUCUGUGGCGAGAUUGUAUAAGCAAAAGUAUAAGGAAAAACAGAAUGGCUCUGUAGGUAUAACAUGUUUUGCACACUGGAUGGUUCCGUUUACAAGCUCUGAAGAGGACAAUAUUGCAACUCAGAGAGCCAAAGAUUUCUCAUUAGGCUGGGUUAUGCACCCACUGGUGUUUGGAGACUAUCCUGAAGCAAUGAAGAAUAUCGUUGGAAAGAGAUUGCCAAGUUUUUCUAAAGAAGAAUCAGAUCUUGUUAAAGACUCAUCUGACUUCUUGGGAAUCAUACACUACACAACAUUGUGUGUCGCACAUAAAUCCAAAUCCCGCAACAAAGAUUAUUUAUCAGACAUGAGGGCUUCACUAAUCCCCUUUGGGAAUUCUACAUUUAUCAAGUUUGAUGUGCUUCCAUGGGGUCUUGAAGAACUGUUGGAAUACAUAAAGCAAAACUAUGGCAAUCCUCCGGUCUACAUUCUUGAAAAUGGUCGACCUACAAACCACUAUUCAUCGCUUAACGACGUGGAAAGAGUUGAAUAUCUUCAUGCAUAUAUUGCUGCUGUGCUCAAUUCAGUGAGGAAUGGGUCAGAGACAAGAGGCUACUUCCAGUGGUCGUUCAUGGAUUUAUACGAAUUUCUUAGUUACAAUCACACGUAUGGAUUAUACUAUGUGAAUUUCAGCGAUCCAGAACGUAAAAGAUCUCCGAAAACAUCUGCUCUUUGGUACACCGCUUUUCUCAAAGGGAAGACACAAGAGCCGAUGAACCUCACGCUAUCUUCUUCUUCUGGAUUUUCUACUCAAUAAAAUAGAAAUUUAUGCAUGUGUGUAAAUAUAUAAAUGAAGCCGGGGGAAGUCCUAGGGUUUAGAAAUCUUAAUGUUUAGUCAAUAACAAAGAAGAGGAAGGCGAGGAUCUUUGCAAGAUGUUGCUGGUUUGAAGAUUCAAGAUGCUUUUAAAUAUU